AUGUUAAGAGUUAGUAGAACUAUUCGUGCUAUAAAUCAGUGGAACCCUGUUGUUGAUGUUAUUAUGUUUUUUCAAGAAAAGAUUCGUGAUCUGAGUCGUCAUGUUGUUAACUGUCCUGUUCUCGAGGCAAAAGUUGAGAGACUUCGUAUGAAUUUACAAACUUUGAAGGAGAGAUUAAAUAAUAUUAGGAGGGAACGUCAUAGAUUCGAGAUGAAACGUAAUGAACUUGAAUGGGAAGCCUAUCUACAAAGAUUUCAACUCUAUGAAUAUCAAAUAAGUUAUCUUGGUCAGGUACCAUAUCCAAUCCUUCCUAGGCCUCCUCGAUGGGUUUCUACUUUAUCUUCCUCCAACCACCCUCCUACCUGGUCAGAGAACUCUUUCUGGAACAGGUCUAACCCUUUAAACUCUCUUCCUGAUCCUUCUUUCUCUGCUAAUAACUCUAAUAAUAAUGAAGAAGCUGUUAACAAUAGUGAAGCUGACAAUA